AUGGUAGUAAGAAGAGCAUUCAUAAAAACUACAGAUAUGACUGAAGAAGAACAGCAAGAUGCAGUCUUUUACACAAGUCAAGCAGUCGAGUUAUUCAAUACUGAAAGAGAAAUAGCAAAUUAUAUAAAGCAAAAUUUAGAAAAUAAAUAUAAACCGAACUGGCACUGCAUUGUGGGGAGAAAUUUCUCAAUCUAUCUGCCUAAUGAUUUAAGCCACUUCAUUUACUUUUACUUUGGCCAGAUAGCAAUUUGGCUUUUUAAGCAUGAAUAA